AUGACAACAGUUGGUUUUUCUAAUAAAAAUAUGAUAAGAAUCUGCUAUUUGAUGAUGAGCUUCGCUCUUCUUGUGGCGGGAAGUGCACAUGAAACUCCACAACAAGUGGUGACUAGAUACAAGAACUACAAGGCUAUAUGUGAUGGAAUGGGUUUUCAAAAUGUGCGCUGCAAAGAUCCGAUUGCUUUUCAAUCUUCACUUACCAAGACAUUGCAAAACUUGAAGAACCAAGAGACUGUGAUCUUUGAUAAAAUUUCAUUAAAUGAAGGAAAGGCUUACGACAAUAUCUCCGGAAUAUUUACAGCACCUUUGGACGGAAUCUAUUCCUUUACAUGGACAAUAUCGACAACAGCAGGAAAGUAUUUCGUAACUGAAAUUGUUCUGAAUGGCCAAAAUGUUACAUAUAACCAUGCCGAUGGAAGGGGUCAUGAUGGACAUCCUAUGACAACCUCACAUGCUAACAUCAAAAUGAAGAAAGGCGAUAAAGUGUGGAUCAGAACCCGACAAAAUUAUGGGCAGUAUGCCCACGGUGCAAACUGGUGUUACUUUUCAGGAACAAAAUUGUAGCAUAUCUAUAGCACAAUAUAAAUAAAGUAUUUUAAGUUAUCAAAUGUUUUGUAUUUUAAAAAAAAGCACGACGGUGUUGAAAUUCAA